GCCGACCAUUUUUCAUACAUCGAUUUAUUUACUUUUCUAUCUUGUCCUAAAGAGAUCAAAUAAAACAGACCAAACCCUCCAAGCCAACCAAUCACAUGACUUCGCGACGGGCAGCGCGUUUCUCUCCACCGCCGCAGUCUAGAUCCUUCCUCUCCAAGUCCAGCACCAGCCAACCCCACCCAUGGAUUCCAACUCCAACAACCCCAUCAAUCUCACCUCCAUACUCGAUGGCCUGAACUUCGCGCAGAGCAAUGCGGUCGCCUCGCCCGCCCCAAUCCUCCAGGUCCUGGCGCCCCCGGGCUCGGGGAAAACCAAGACCCUGACGGCCCGCGUCGCGUACCUGCUCGCGUACCACGGCUACCGCCCGCAGGAUGUCAUCUGCUGCACCUUCACCAUCAAGGCGAGUCGCGAGAUGCGCGAGCGGCUGGGGAAAUUGGUCGGCGAGCAGGUCCAGUCGAGGCUUAUUCUGGGGACGUUUCAUUCGAUCUGUCGGAGGUAUUUGGUAAGGUAUGGGCAUUUGAUUGGGUUGAGGAAGGGGUUCGGGAUUGCGGAUUCGAGUGAUAGUUUGGCUGUUCUGAGGAGAAUCGUCAAGCGCUUGCAGCUGAGCAUCCAACCGAAUACCGCCCGAUCGCGUAUCUCGCACCAGAAAGCCCACGGCGUCAGUCCCGACGAGGCGGCGGCCAAGUUUGGUCCCAAUAACAAGGCCCUCGAGCAUCGGGAAUUUGUCCAGGUGUAUCAAGAGUACGAGGAUUAUCUGGCGGCGUCGAACCUCCUCGACUAUGACGACCUGCUUCUUCGGUGCGCCGAGCUCCUGCGCAAGAACCCUGACUGCGUGGCCAAUGUCCAGGCCGUUCUUGUGGACGAGUUCCAGGACACGAACCACAUCCAGUACGAGCUGAUGAAUCUGUUCGCGUGCCGGAAUCGACGCAUCACCGUCGUCGGCGAUCCCGAUCAGAGUAUCUAUGGUUUUCGGUCGGCGGAGAUCAAGAACCUUGACCGUAUGCAGAAGCUGUACCGCGACACGUCGGUCGUGCUGCUCGAGGAUAAUUAUCGGUCGUCCGGGUCGAUUCUGAGCUCGGCGCAGGAUGUCAUCGAGCAGGACUCGUCGCGGCCGGCGAAGAAAUUGCAGCCGACGCACAGCGUGGGAACUAUGCCGGUACUGCGCAAGUUGCCGUCGGCGGAGGCGGAGGCGCAAUGGAUUGUGAUGGAGAUUCGACGGGGCAUGGCCAUGUCAGGAAAGUUGUUAAACUACUCCGACUACGCCAUUUUGCUUCGCUCGGCGGCGCUUUCGCGGCAGAUCGAGUCGGAGAUGGGGAAGCAGGGAAUACCGUACAAGAUGGUCGGGGGGCUGAGGUUCUUCGAUCGCGUCGAGAUCAAGCUGCUUCUGGAUUACUUGAGGGUUAUAAGUCAACCCGGGAAUGCUGAUGCGCUGUUACGGGUCAUCAAUGUACCCUCGCGGAAGAUCGGCGAGGAGACGAUUCGGACUCUUCUGAGUAGUGCGGAGAAAGCACAGAAAACUCUCUGGGACUUCAUCAAGGAUGUAGCGCAAGGUCGCAGGUCGACCGAGAAACCCCUGUCCAAACCCAGCAACCAAGGUCUUUGCACAUUGGUAGGCCUCAUCGAGUCGUCACGGCAGAAGCUCCAGGACUAUGAGGAUGGCUCGGCUCCGCGGAAACUUCUCGACUACGUGAUCAAAAAGUUGUCAUUUCGGGACUUUCUUACGACGACCUACGGUGCAAACGAGGAGAAUCGAUGGGCUAAUGUGGAGGAGCUUUUGAACCAAGCGGACGAUACGGCUGGAUCCGAGCAGGAGGAGCCACCGGACGACAGCCUCCCCGAAAUCCAAGGCCUUGAGCAGCAACAAGCUCAUGCGGGAGAAGAGGCACUGUCCCGGUUUCUGGCGAAUGUAGCUUUGUCUACGGAGGUCAAGCCGCAGGAAGCGAAGGGACUUGAAUGGCCGGUGGUGUUUGUGCCGGCCGUGUGCAACGGCGUCAUUCCUCACUCGCGUGCAGAGGACUGGGACGAGGAGCGACGACUGCUCUACGUGGCCAUGACUCGCGCGCAGGCCUUGCUGUAUCUGAGUUGUCCUCGUCAGCAGGCCCGAACCGACGAAGAGACGAGCGUGUCGACGUUUCUUCCGGAUGCGCUCGUUGAGUCGCGCUUUCGAGCUGUUGGACCCAACUUGCAGGAAAAGAUCAUCUAUGGGAUCGCAGACAUCCUGCGGCGCCCGAGGCCGUCCAACGAGGCGAUGAUCCAAGGCCAAGUCUCGCUGCCUUCCGUGCACGAUGAUCGCUGGACGGCGGAGGGCGAGGAGGCUGCCGACGCCGUGUUCCGAUGGGAUGGUUCACGAGCAGUGGAGGGAGUUGAAGAGCCCUGCGCAAAGAGACGACGAUAUGAUUCGGAACAAUGGUCGACCACACUGGCUGCCACAACCAUGUCAACAUCGGCAUACACCAUGGGAGGUUCGAAUUACAGUGCGCCGCCUACAACCAUGUCGCUUGGCUUCUCGACCGCUCGCCAGUAUAUCGCGACCAACCCAGCAGCCACCGACCAGAACUCGCAGCCAUCGUCCAAGUCCGACAGCAGCAAGCCCAAGCCCAAGCCCCCCAGCGCCGGGGGUCCAGGCCGCCAAUCCGACGGCCUGACUCAGAAGAGCAUUUCGCGGUUCUUCGGCCAGCCUUCGUCCUCCGCCCCAACCCAACCGAGAAGCAGCGAAUCGACACCGACAGACCGCCAGAUGCUGAGCCAGGGCAACAGCCGAAGGGGCGUCCCGGGGGGAGCGGCCCACGCCGCGUCGUCCAAUCCGGGGUUCAAAAGCGUCAUCCCCAGGCAAUAUUCGACUUAUCGACCGCAACCACAGCGACUGCAACCCACCCGACCGGUUCUCGAACCUUCGGACCCGAAUCGUUACACGUGGCUGGGGGCGUCGUCGUCGCUGUCGCAGCCCGCGCCGGAGAAACCGAUAAUGCGCGGCGGUCAAGAAAAGGGCGGCAAAGAAAUGUCCGACCAGAGCGAGGCAAAAGAAGGAGGGUGGGGAGCAAGCGAGGUUAAAAGGUCUGAGCAAGAGUCGGCCCCCGGCGUUCGCCCAGUGACCACGUAUCACACGACCACGAUGUCCCUGGUCCAAGGGGGGUCGGGCCUACCGCCUCCGCGACGAACGUUAGGGAUUCGCCGGAGUAUGAACGGAUGGGAGGAACGGAUGAAGAGGGCAGGUAAUGAACAGUCUCGAUAACGAGUCGGUUGGACGGACGAGACCCUCGACGGGGAGACGGAGGGGAGAGGGGGGAAGAGGAUCCGGAUGCCCCGUUUGGAUCUGGUGAACCUGGCAGACGAAACGGGGCAUCUGAUAGGCGCCUUGUUUUUUGGGCGGCUUGUCCUGAUUCGGGGGUACCACGACAUAUACCUAGGUACAUGGUGUCUAGUCCUUAAUUCUGCUAUGUACCACUACUUCUCCGUAAGUACUCCGCCGAUAAAAGCACGG